UAGUGAAGAACGAACUCUGCUUUAAAAGCCUGUCACGGCCAGUGUUGGCUUUCAGUAGCAUAUGAACGGUGCGAUCGCGAGCACAAGCGUGUAAAUACCUAGAAGUGGGUGGAAGUGAUCCGACGCGAGUGAAGGCGGUAUAAUAUAAGGGGGUUGAAAAGCUCUCGUUUGAUGUAACCUGUUGCAUUCGCACGUUUCGUUUUCGAAGGUGUGUGGAUUGAAACGACAAUUGCAGAAUCGGUCAAGUGCGAAAAAUCGUUUCGGUGGUUUUGGGUCUGUGGUGUUAGAAAUCAACCCCCCACUUGUGUUGUGCGGUAAAGUUGUUGCCGAAGUGGCAUUGAACAAAAUAGCUGGUUGAGACUUUGAACUUGAACGGUGACGAAAAGAGAGCUUACUAACAAAAAUUUGACAUGGGAACCAACCGGUUCAAGGCUCCUCCCGUCACGGAGAUGCAGGCUCCUCAAUUCAAAGAGUUCGCCAAGGAGAUGGUGGAUUACAUUGCCAACUAUCUGGAGAACAUUCGUGAUAGACGCGUUCUACCGGAGGUUCAGCCCGGAUACCUAAAGCCGUUGAUCCCUUCGGAGGCUCCCCAGCAGCCGGAGCAAUGGCAGGACGUGAUGGCAGACAUCGAACGUGUCAUUAUGCCCGGUGUAACCCAUUGGCACAGCCCGAAGUUCCAUGCGUAUUUUCCGACGGCCAAUUCCUAUCCGGCAAUUGUGGCCGACAUGUUAAGUGGUGCCAUCGCUUGCAUCGGCUUCACCUGGAUCGCCAGUCCCGCAUGUACGGAGUUGGAAGUGGAAAUGCUCAACUGGUUGGGCAAGAUGUUGGGUCUGCCAGAGGAAUUCCUAGCGAGCUCCGGAGGACAAGCAGGUGGCGUGAUUCAAGGAACUGCUAGUGAAGCUACUCUUGUUGCUCUCCUCGGUGCGAAAGCUAAAGCCAUAAAGCUAGCCCAGGAGGAACAUCCGGAAUGGGAUGAAACAACUAUUAUUUCUCGACUGGUGGGAUACACCUCAAACCAAUCUCAUUCAUCCGUCGAACGGGCUGGACUACUCGGAGGAGUGAAGCUUCGCUCCUUGAAGGCUGAUUCGAAUCUUCAACUGCGUGGUGAAACGCUCGAGGAAGCCAUCAAGCAAGAUCUUGCGGAUGGUCUUAUUCCCUUCUACGCAGUCUGCACGUUGGGGACAACCAACACCUGUGCGUUCGAUCGUCUCGAUGAGCUGGGACCGGUAGCUAACAAGUACAAUGUUUGGGUGCACGUUGAUGCGGCCUACGCAGGAUCAGCCUUCAUCUGUCCGGAAUACCGUCACUACAUGAAGGGCAUUGAAACGGCCGAUUCCUUUAAUUUUAACCCACACAAGUGGAUGUUGGUCAACUUCGACUGCAGCGCCAUGUGGCUGAAGGAACCGUACUGGAUUGUCAACGCCUUCAAUGUGGAUCCACUUUAUCUGAAGCAUGACAUGCAAGGAUCGGCUCCCGAUUACCGUCACUGGCAGAUUCCGCUGGGUCGUCGAUUCCGAGCCCUGAAGUUGUGGUUUGUGCUGCGUUUGUAUGGUGUGGAAAAUAUUCAAGCUCACAUUCGUCGCCAUUGUGCGUUUGCCAAACAAUUUGAAUCGCUCUGUUUGUCGGAUAAUCGCUUCGAAAUUUUCACAACGGUUCAAAUGGGUUUGGUUUGUUUCAAGCUCAAGGGCACUAAUGAGCUAAAUGAAUCUCUACUGAAACUUAUAAAUGGCCGUGGCAAAAUUCACUUGGUACCAUCUAAAGUCAACGACACUUACUUCUUGCGCAUGGCGGUUUGUUCGAGAUUCACCGAGGAAGCUGACAUUGACUAUUCGUGGAAGGAGGUCGCGGCUGCCGCUGAUGAGCUACUCAACAAGUAAAAAGGCCUCCGGAAAAGUUCCUGAUAAGGUGCAAUAGUAUUGUUUUCUCCCUAUUGCUCGCUGAACACACGUGAAAACUCUAUGCGGGACCAUGCAAAGCAACAAUAACUACCAUUCUAUUGAUGUAUAUACAUAAGCAGAUCGUAUUCUCAUUGUUAUAUUUAAGAUGUCCCUUGAUGUUGAUUAGCCGUUGGAAGCAUUAUAAUACAGUAAUUUAUUGUGGUUUAAAA